AUGAGUCAAGAUAUACUACAGGGGCUUAUACGCAACCCGCAAGACAUCUUCAAACUACGUAAUGCAUCACAAUCUGAGUCCACCACCACGAAUAUAUUCAAUGAGUUAACGAAAAGUAUACUUAACCCUAUCGUGAAGAACUAUUCAGUCCUCGAUGAGUUGUAUACAGAUGGGUUGGACUCGUCGCAGGUGUUUGGACAGACAAAGAUGGUGUUGGAUGGAAUUGGGAGUAAGUUGUUGGGGCAAGAGAUUCCACAAGUGAGGGAGCAGAUUGGAGAAGAUGAGGAUGAGGAUGAGAAUGAGAAUGAGGAUCAGGAUCAGGAUCAGAAGGUGGAUGACGAUGAGGAUGAAGGAAUUCGGGAUGAGGAGCAAGUUGAAUUCGGAAGUGAGGAUGAUGCAAGCGAGGAAAAAGAAGGACUAGAGGAUUUGGAUAGAGAUACAGAAGACGAGAAAGACCAAAACGAACUUUCCGAUGACGGUGAAACAUUAGUUGGUGAAGACGAUGAUGAAGAAAAAAAAGAUGGAUCUGAAGUUGAGGUUGAGCACAGGAAAGAUGUGUUUGGCUUGAAUGAUGGGUUUUUCGACAUUGACGAAUAUAAUAAACAAGUGCUAGCCCUUGAGAAUCAGCAAGAUGGGGGAAUUAAUGAUGACGAUGAUGAGGAAAUUGACUAUUUCGGUAGUCUAAGUGACGAAGAUGAGGAACAGAUGGAUUAUUAUGAUGAUUUCUACGACAAACCGGGGAAAGUUAGAAACACCAAGUCGACAAGUAAAGAUGAUGAUUUUUACAAUUCUGAUGGAGAAGAGGAUGAGGUGGGUGAGGGUGAGUUUGCCGAUGAAGACUAUGACAAUGCCGUCAACUCAGCUAGACUAGAUUUGUUUGCGGACAGCGAUGAAAAAAGUCAUGUCGGAAAAAAAGCAGGAACUGACAAUGAAAACUUGUCGUCUUUUGAAAAGAAGCAAUUGGAAUUGCAACGAGAAAUCGAAAAAUUGGAAGCUGAGUUGGUUGCUGACAAGAAAUGGACAUUGAAAGGUGAGAUCACGUCCAAUGAAAGACCAAAGGAGUCGUUGUUGGAAGAGAAUGAACUUUCGUUUGAUCGCACUGCGAAACCAGUGCCCACAAUUACCCAAGAAGUUACUGAAACGAUUGAGGAUUUGAUUAGGAAACGGAUAAAAAAUGAUGAAUUUGAUGACUUGCCCCGAAGGAUUGUUCAAGACUUGUCGAAUUUCCAUCAAGGACCUAAGGCUGAUGUGUCACAGCAAAAGUCAUCCAAGUCUUUGGCUGAGUUGUAUGAAGAUGAAUAUAAUCAAGUUGAUGCACAACAAGAGGAACUUGAUGAGGCGGUGAAGAAACAACACGAAGAAAUUGGAGAGUUGUUUACAAAAGUGACACAUAAACUAGAUGCCUUGUGCUCUGCCCAUUUCAUACCCAAGCCACACGAGGUGAAAAGUAUAGAGAUUAAAGUUACCGAUGCAAGUGCUCCUGCUUCCAUCAGUAUGGAGGAUGCACAGCCAUUGAAUGUGUCAAGUGAGUCGAGGUUAGCACCUCAGGAAAUCUACAAAAUAGGUGAUGAUGCAAACAAGGGUCAAGGAGUGAAAGGCAAAUCUGAAGUACAAUUAAAAUCUGGACUUUCUUACUCCAAAGACGAACUAAAUCGCGAAGAGAAACAAAGGUUGAGAAGGGCAAACAAGAGAAAGAAGUCAAAGCAAUUCAACGAUAGACAAGAAGUCAAGAGACAGAAGUUGAAACAACAACCAGCUGGUGCUGAUGCAAAGAGGCCUAAAAACAUUAAUGGUAAAGAUGUUGUUGAUACAUUGUCCAAGGCUAAGAACGUCAGUGUCAUUGGAGCAAAGGGAGAAUUGAGAGAUGUGAAAGGUAACUUGAAAAAGAGUAAUGCACCACAAACAGGAAGUAGGUUGAGGCUAUGA